AUGGUAGUGCGUUUACUAAUGUUCUUGAGUGAUUUUGUUAAUUUUCUGCAAAUAAAGUGUAGAACCGAAAGACCAACAAAAAAAAAGAAAAAAAAAAGAAAACGAAAGAUCCGAGCACCGGAGGAACAUCUCGCCGGCACCUGAUGAUUUGCGAGCCGAAGAAUUCUUCGGCCCCGGCGGUGAGCCCCUCCCUCUCACCAAUAGCCGGCGAGUCACUGGAAGAUGGCCAAGAUGCCCCGGUGGUGGGGCCGAGUGCUAUCGUAACUGCAGUUGUCUCCUUAGCCACCACGAGUGCAAAUACAGAAAGAUGGCACAAGUACUAA